AUGACGACGCAGAUUGGUGAUGAGCCUCUUGAGAAGUAUGGAGAGAUCGUCAAGAUCCACGUCGGAAAGGACAGCGACAAACAAACCUUCUUCGUGCAUCCCUAUCUCAUCACUCAACGAUCGGUCUUCUUCAAGAAUGCACUCGCGGGCGUUUGGAAGGAAGCUCAAGAUCGUGCUGUUCAUCUACCGGAAGAUGACCCUUCGACAUUCUUCCAAUACCUGGACUACCUCUACACUGGCAAGAUGUCGGUCAAGUCUAGCGACUCGGAUAAAUCUAAUGACCAUGACGCCGCAAUGGACGAACAAUUGAUGGCCUGUUGUAUCUAUGUGUUUGCCGAGAAAAUUCAGGAUAUCCGUUGCGGGAACGAAGCCAUCAAGGUCAUGAACGCAGCGGUGAGAGAAAAACGAGUAGGAAAGUUUUGGUACCUACCCAAUUCGUCAUGUCUCGAAUUGAUCUACAAUGGAACAAUGCCGAACUCGCCUAUGCGGAGGUUGGUCGUGGACUUUUACGCCUAUCACGCUGGAAAGCCAAAGGGUUGCGAAACACUUUAUGAGCUUGCCCCGAAAGGAUUUCUAGUCGAACUUGCCCUUGCCUUCUCGGACGUUCGCUCGGAUGUCAUGAAGAAAAGUCCUUAUAGAAACAUCGAUGAGUACAUGGAGAAGGAAGACUAA